UUCAGGCUAUCUAGGAUGUUUCUCAUGGCUCUUGAUGAGAAAUUAAACGCUAACGCUUGCUAAAAACUACAAGUCCCACAAUGCAACAGAUGUUUUUACAUCCAUGGGAAAGUCAGGGGGAAGUCAGGAACUGUCUAAACUUACUUUCAUUUUCGCUUUUUCUGCUGAGUAACUAGACGAAAUGGCUGCUGUGGGUAUUCGUGUCGAGUCGAAGAAACAGGUGGAUGACUUCUGCCAAAAGCUCACCAAAGAGGCAGAAGAGCUGGUUUACAAGUUUUUCCCUCAGAAGAUUGAAGAGCUGCAGAUGCUGCUGAAGACUUCCCUCAGCUAUGAUGACCUGGCAUCUCUGAAGGCUCCGCUGGACAUCCCGAUCCCAGACCCAGCCAAAGAGGAAGCCAAACGCAAGAAGAAAGAGGAGAAAGAGGCCAAAGAGGGGAAGAAAGACAAGGACGGCGAUAAAGAGGACGAGGAUUCAGGGCCUCCUUGUGGUCCCAUCUGCAGCAACGAGAAGGUGGAGAGUUUCCUGCAGGAGGUGAAGCCUCAGAUCCAGACUCUGAAGGAGAAGCUCAACACGGUGUCAAUGUGGGUGCAGCUCCAAAUCCCUAAGAUUGAAGAUGGAAACAACUUUGGAGUGGCUGUACAGGAGAAAGUGUUCGAGCUGCUGACCAACACACGCACCAAGAUCGAAGCAUUCCAAACUCAGAUUUCAAAAUAUUACAGUGAGAGAGGUGAUGCUGUGGCCAAAGCCUCCAAACAAAACCACGUGGGAGACUACAGACAGCUGGUCCAUGAGCUCGAUCGGUAUCAGUACUCUGAGCUCCGCCUUGCAGUCCUGGACAUCCGCAACACAUAUGCUGUGCUGUUCGACAUCAUUAACAAGAACUAUGACAAGAUUAAGAAGCCCAGAGGAGACGGAAAGGCUCUCAUCUACUGAGACUGCAGCACACUCUCAGGCUUCUCUAACAAGAUACAACCAGUAUAGUGUGACACUCGUGUAACAAUACACCCGCUCUGACAAAAAUGUCUUCUUUUUCUCAUUGUGCCUCCAUUUUGGUUCAGAUUACAAAAUAAAGCAACAUAUUCCGAUA